AUGGCCUCCACGGCUGCCCUGACUCGCCGUCCAGUCCUCAAUCUGCUAUUUUGCCCCGAAUUCCAGCCACAGCUCAGCCGGAGAUGGCAGUCGUCGUACCGGCGAACCAAGAAACGGCUACGAGUAAAGCCUGAUGCCUCCUUCUCUCCGUCCAGUUCUACCGAAUGCCACAUAAUUCACAAUCCCCCGUCAAGUGCGCCCUCCGUCUACCUCACACCCACCAAAUUCCUACCUGCAAACGACGUACGGCGGACGCUACGACGAGAGUCAGAGACGGCGGCAGACGCCAGCCCGGCCCAGUCGCUGUCCAACGGCUACCGGGACCGAGGGGAGAAGAAGUACCUGUCGAAGGAGGAGAUAGAGGCCAUGCGUGAGCUGCGGAAGAGCGACCCCAUGGUCUGGAGCAGGGCCAAGCUGGCCGAGCGGUUCGGGUGCAGCAACCUGUUCGUGGGCAUGGUGUGCGAGGCCGCCGUGGAGAAGAAGGCCAUCCAGAGACAGAUCCUGACGGCCGUACAGUCACGAUGGGGCGUCAAGCGGACGAUGGCACGCGAGGACAGACAGCUACGCAAGGAGCUCUGGGGGAGGGAUAAAUAA